AGCCUAGCUGUUGCUGUUUUGAAACCAGAAGUUAUGUUUUAUGAAGGUGUUCCAAUACAAUAGGUUAGAAAGCAGUUCUCACCGAAGCAAAGUUAACCAAUACAACUGACAUCAGAGACCAAGACAGAGAAAUGCUUGAGCAAGAAACUCAAAGUGAUAGAUUUCAAACAACAGAAAUUAACCAAGAAUUAGUUGGAAAACAGUCAACUUUAAAUGAAAUGCUUCAAAAAAUUCCAGAGAUAGUGGAAAUUAAGUUUCUAUCCUCUUCAGUCAAGUUAAUGAGAGAAGCUGGCCAUCGUACACUUACAGUAACUCUACAGUUGAUUCAUGCAGAAAUGAAACAAGAUUUGGCAUCAGACACAGAUUUUUCAACUUUGAUUUCAUCUUUGUCACUUCAAGAUCUGGUUGUUACUAGUGGACAUACAAAGUUUACUUCCCUUGCUAAAGCUGCUGUUAAGCUCCAGGUGGAAGGAAAAAGAGCUGUAGAUAGUUCCAUUCAUCUUUCUUCACUUCACGUUGACCAUCAUCAUGAUGAGCUGUACUAUUGGCUAGAUUUACUGCCAGCAUCGGCCAGUAAAAAAACUUCCGUAAAAAAAUCCAAGUUUUCGCCACAAAAUUUCAUUGACGAAUCUCUUCAACUUCAUCUUGUUAUAGAAUUAGAAGAUAUUCUAGUAGUAGCUAAUUUUCCUGGCUGUUGUCCUUUUGGUGGAGGACUAACACACAGCAGGGUUACCACAGAUUGCUUUGUUGAUGUUUCUGACCAAAUUCACAGUAGUUCUCCAGUAAAAGAACUGAGUGUUGAACUGUUGUUUGAAAUGGCUUGGUGUAGAGUGAAAGACAAGAAUAUCUUUGAUGUAACAUUUCAGAAGAAAUGCCAUUACUGGAGCACACCUCUUGGUUUGGGAAUGAUACUUUUUAAAGUGAGAGAUUAUCCAUCAGACUUUAAGGUCCAGUGUAUGGUUGAAAACUUACAAGUAGAAUGGAAUCCUGAUCUUGGAAACUUGAUCAGAAAACUGACACCUUUCUUUAAGACUGAUUUAAACUCAGUUUCUGAUUUGUCAGAUGAAGCAGAAGUUUCUAGUAGUGCUGUGGAAAAAGAUGUAAUGAUUAAUCAUUCUUCGAGGAUCAUGGACAAAUCGUUUUUCUCCCACACACUACAGUUAAGCUUCAAAAACACCAGUUUGUAUGCUGUUACAGAAGAAGGACCAGGGUUGAUAAUGCAGUUUGACUCUAUUACAUUAGAUACAGCAUCUGAAAAACUCUUUGUAUCAUUAGAAGGAGUCAAGAUGGUUUCUAUAGCUACUGCUGACCAGCCUGUGUUUUGUCAGAGAUCAUCAGAUAUAAAAAACAGUGUACUGCAUUUGAAAACAGUGCACCUGACCUACAAAAACCACUCUAAGAAGGAAGUGAACUUUCAGUUACUGGAUGAGAUCACUGGUCUCUGGAGCACUGAUCUUCAUAUGACAACUUUCACAUUAGCUAAGGAACUGUUAGCAUUGAUGACUUUCUUUAAAGGUGAGAGAAAAUCUAGUGAACCAAACACAAAUAGCCAAGAAAGAAGCUUAUUUAAUAUUCAUACAAGGUUGAGAGGAAAUGUACAUUUUGGUGCUGUCUUGUCUUCUACACAUAGAAUGUCAGUUAAAACUGUAGAUUUCACUGCCAACUUUCAUCCCCAACGUGCUUCAGCACAGACUGAUCACUUUGUUAUUUUAUUUGAUGAAUGUCCAAUAUUCUCUCUGAAUGAACUUAAUAUAUCAAUAAACAAUGAAGGAGAACGCCAUCUAGUGAACCGUCAGAGUUUUGAAGGGUUAGAAAAGAAACAGAACAAAGUCAC